GGUGUUAACAAUGAAUGGAGAUGGUAGUAGUGGGACUGUGGGGUUUGUAUCGGAUGAUGUCCGCCAUCAGGUGAUGGGUUACUUUGUUCUGAAUUGUCUGAAGACUGAGGAGGACUAUAAGAACUACAUCAAUCUGUCGUCUGUGAACUCGUUAUUGGAAUAUGUCCGUACGUGGUGGUAUCAUCCAGAUGAAGGGGAGAAAUGCAUGUAUAUACCGGAGAGGAUGAAUGAGUUGCUUAUCACACAACUGGGGAUAGACGUAAUACGACACGUCAUGGUGGAGAAGGAAGAGGACAGAGAUACAGUGUCUGAAAGACUGAAUAUCCCACAUAGUGUAUUUGAAGAACGUCAAGAUACAAAAGUCCGUUUGUGCAGUUUUCUAAAGACAGCAAUACAGGGACAAGAGGUCUCAAAUCGAUGGAUUUAUAACAGUCUUAUUGGAUCGUUUAUGAUCGGAGAGAAUUCACCUAUAUCCAAAGGUAAUCAGAAUUACAGAAAAUUAACAUUUCAAGUUACCUGGAUGAAUAUAUAUUCAUGGAAGAUCGGGAGUGUAUUGUGUCUGUUCUGUCUGUUUCUCUGUUAGCCUGUUCGAAACUUUAACCUUGGUUAUAACUUUAAAAUGGAAUAGGGCCCUCAUAUUUCAUCAUGGAAGCAUCUGAUUCGAAUUAUGAUUUCUCCAUCGGAAAAGUUAUACUGGUUUUCAAUUCCUUUAUGAAAGGU